AUGCCGUCCGCAACAGAGCAGCCAAAUGGCCAUCAUGAGGCACUCAACCCCAUCCACCCUGACAUGCUAGAUCGGCUCGAUCCUGUUUUCGUGGACCUGUACAACGAGCAUGUCGCAAACACCCCGAACAAGCCAAUUGAUUUAGCCAUUCUUCGAUCCAAGUACUCGGUAUUAUAUUCAUAUGGUACCGCUCCAGCUCCAGAAGUGGCACGUGUGUAUGACUCUACAAUUCCUGUAGGGAAUGGAAUCGAGAUCGAUGUGAGAGUGUACGAGCCAUCGAGUCAGGGGCCAUGGCCCGUUCAUAUUGAUUACCACGGUGGUGGAUGGGGUCUAGGUGAUCUGGACACAGAAGCUCAUAUCUGCAAGCAUAUUUGCCACGAGGCGAAGGUUGCUGUGAUUGAUGUUGCCUAUCGACUUGUCCCUGAAAAUCCCUUCCCAACUGGCAUUGAGGAUUCAUUUGCUGCACUUCAAUACGUGUACAAACAUGGUGCAGAGAAGUUCAACAUUUCGCCCAACAGCAUCUCGCUCGGUGGUGUAUCUGCUGGAGCGAAUAUUGCGCUAGUCUGUGCCCACUGGGCGAGAGACGCAGAGAUCCCAUUAAGGCUGAUUGCAACCGGCACUCCUACGAUUGACGAUCUUGCCAAGUAUAAGAACGCGUUCGAAUCGCCGUUCAUAUCGAUGCAGGAGAACGAAUUCGCCCCAACUUUGAACUGGGCAAGACUGGCAUGGUUCGACAAACUCAAGUGGAACUCUCUGUCGAAAGAUCCAGUCAUCGAGAAGCAACAGCGAGAGCGCAUUGGAUGGGUCAAGAACCUUUUGGAUGCUCCGAACUGCAAAGGUCUGGCCAAGACGGUCAUCUACACUGCCGGUGCAGAUCCGUUAAGGGACGAGGGAGAGGCUUAUGCCAUGAAACUGGUCGAAAGUGGUGUGGAAGUGGUGAUGAAAAGAUUCCCCGGAGUACCGCAUCCCUUUAUGCACAUGACGAAGUCUCUAUGGCAGGCGAAACAGUUUAUCACAAUGACGAGCCGAGAAAUCCACCAUGCUCACUAUGUAGAAUCGUUGUAG